AGUGCGCGGACGCGUAAAAAUCUAAAACCGAGUUUUGAAACGCACGCGACGCCGACGCCGACGCUGACGCGAACGCGAACGCGACGUUGACAGCGAUGAGUGCGCGCCGCGAUGGUCAACAAAAUGCCGAUGUUGUCGCCGCCGUGUCCGUAACUAAAAUCGUAACCGAAACCGAAUCCGAAACCGAGUCAAUGCUCAAGAUAAUGACAGCGACGCCGGCGUCAGCGACAACGACAUCAGCGUCGACGGCGCUGACAACGGUUAACGCUCAAAAUAAAUGCGCGACGGCAGCGCCAACGACUUUUAGUUAUCAGAGAGCAGCGAAGCGUUGCGCACGCCUCGAACAGACAACAGCGGCAGAAUUAGCAGCAGCAUCGGCAAUAGAAAAAGAACCAGAAGAAGCAUUGGCAAAAGAGAGUGCAGCAACAACAACAACAACUGCGUGUGUUAUUCCAUGUGAACGUCAGCUUCGUCUUGCUGAGCACAAGGCGCAAUUGCGCGCAGCUUUCUUCCAGGAUUUCAACGCAAUCGCAGCGCAGCAGCAGCAUCCAGUGAGAGAGCGAGAGAGCGAAAAAGCUUUUGAUUCCAGGACGCGUAUACGACAGCUGAUUGAAAAGUUUCAGGCAAUGAUUGUGCAGCAGCCAGCAGCAGAGCAGGCGCAGCUGAAGCCAGCUGUGAUUGCGGGCAGCGCUGCCAACUCGGAUGAGGGCUGCAAUGCGGGCGGCUUGAGUCCCUGCAGCAGCGACAACGAAUGCGAUGCUGUCGCUCGCCGCAAGCCAAAGGUGACGCGUUGUGCGAGCAGCGACUCGGCGCUGGGCCUCGAUGUUGAUGAUGUUAAUAUGGAAACACUGCCGACGCCGCAGCGACGCAUGACGCUGACCGUUACCGAUUUACCGUUACGCCCGGCCCUGCUACCACUGGCCGAGCCGACAGCGCUGCCCGAUUCGCCGCUAACGUCGCCGACCAGCGCCACAGCUGCCCUCGGUCUGGGCGUGGGUGUGGGCGUGGGCGUGGGCGCCGGCGUGCCCACUAAAGUGCUGCUGGAGGAGCGUGUCGUUGCGGCGCUGGCAGCGCCGCCCGGCUCACGACGCGAGUCCACGCAAAGCUGCGUCAGCGAGCUGGGCAGCAUGGCGGGUGUACGGUAUGUGCGAACGCCGUCGGUGGUCGUGUCCGACUAUUCGGAUGAUAUAACCGCUUGCGGCAUUAGCAUGGAGGAGAUGGAGUAUUUUCGGUUGCAGCGCGCACGCUGCCAGCGUCGCUGUUCGCUGGAAGCGAGUGCCGCUGCCGCCGGCAGCAUCGGCGGCGCCAAGGAUGAAGCUCAGUCGGAUGUGAGCGCGGCGAGUAGCUGCAGCAAUUUGUAUUAUUGCGGCUCCACAAUUUCCGCUCUGGAUGGCGGCGAGUGCAUUGUUAACGGCAUACGCGUUGCUCUCGCCCGCAAAUCGAGUCACAGCAGCAGCGGCGAAUUGAGCGGCGGCGACGACGAGGACAUCGAUGAACAGUUGCAGUUGGAGCAGCAGCAGCAGCAGCGCCAGCUCGAACGGGAAAGAGAGCGACAGCUGAGCGAGCUUUUGGCUGCCACGCAGCUCAGCGAUGGCACUAAGAAGAGCUCCGGCUGGCGCAAAAUACGAAACAUUGUGCAAUGGACGCCCUUCUUUCAGACAUACAAGAAGCAGCGCUAUCCGUGGGUGCAGCUGGCCGGUCACCAGGGCAACUUCAAGGCCGGUCCCGAGCCGGGCACCGUCCUCAAGAAGCUCUGCCCCAAGGAGGAGGAGUGCUUUCAGGUGCUCAUGCAGGAUGUGCUGCGGCCCUAUGUGCCCGUCUACAAGGGCCAGGUGACCAGCGAGGAUGGCGAACUCUAUUUGCAGCUGCAGGAUCUGCUCAGCGACUAUGUGCAGCCAUGCGUGAUGGACUGCAAAGUGGGUGUGCGUACCUAUCUGGAGGAGGAGCUGUCCAAGGCCAAGGAGAAGCCGAAGCUGCGCAAGGACAUGUACGACAAAAUGAUACAAAUCGAUGCACAGGCCCCCAAUGCCGAGGAGCAUGCGGCCAAGGCGGUUACCAAGCCACGAUACAUGGUCUGGCGCGAGACCAUCUCCAGCACCGCAACGCUGGGCUUUCGCAUUGAGGGCAUUAAGAAAAGCGAUGGCACCAGUUCCAAAGAUUUCAAAACGACCAAGUCACGCGAACAAAUUAAAUUGGCCUUCAGCGAGUUCCUCAGUGGCCAUCCACAUAUUCUGCCACGCUAUAUACAACGCUUACGGGCCAUUCGCGCCACCCUGGCCGUAUCCGAGUUCUUUCAGACGCACGAGGUGAUCGGGAGCUCGCUGCUCUUUGUGCACGAUCAGACGCACGCGAGCGUUUGGCUAAUUGACUUCGCCAAGACGGUGGCCCUGCCCCCGCAGAUGCAUAUCGAUCAUUAUUCGGCGUGGAAGGUGGGCAACCAUGAGGAUGGCUAUUUGAUUGGCAUCAACAAUCUCAUUGACAUAUUCGUCGAGCUGCAGGCGGCCAUCGAAACGGAGACCGCAACGGGCACAGCAUCUGGCACCGGUUCCGGCUCCGGUUCGGGUUCGGGUUCAGCUUCCGGUUCCGGUUCGGUGUCACCAGCGCCCGCCUCGAGCGGCCAGGAUGAGGAGGCCGGCAAGAUGUGAAAGCCAGAGCAAGAAAAUAAAAAUCGAUAUAUAUAUAUAUAUAUCGAGAUAUAUAGAAAACUAUAUAGAUAACGAUAAUACUGAAGCGUUCCAUGGGGCUGCGCCCCGCCAAGGAAAUAUCCUAGCACAUUCCGCAGAAAUGUGUUAAAACAGAAAAAAGAAACAAAAUGAAAUAUGAAAAAAUCAAUUAAUUAACCAUUACCCAAACGUAGUCUAGUUGUCAAUCAUAUAUAUAUAUAUAUAUAUGCAUAUAUACCUACUUGCGUAUGUAUGCAAUUUUUUUUUUGUUUUUUUUUCCCACUCUCUCUCUCUCUCUUAACCCGUUAAGUUUAAAAGCAAAGACUGAACAACAAUAUGCGUAUACCUAUACACAGGUAUACAUAUAUAUCUACACACACACACAUAUAUAUAUAUAUAUAUAGAUAUAUAUAUAUAUAUGUAUAUAUAGUUAAAUUCGUUGUGCUCCUGCGUUGCUAUUGUAGUUGUAAUUUACGAAUGCAAUUUGCACAGAAACAAUGCGCAGCAAAAACUGUAACAACAACAAAAACAAGUUCAAGAACUAUUUACUUAUAAAAAUAAUGUUAUUAAUAUUAUGUGUAUUUGAUUAUCUUCUAAUAACUACAUACUAAUUAUGUGCACUAUUAAAACUCAUGUAAA